AUGAGUUUAAAUAAAAUCUAACAAAACCCCAUCACCAAAUUUCAUUUUAUACUGGUAUCAUACAUUAAGUGCCUUUAGCGAGUUAGUGUUCUUAUAGCUUCUGGUAGUUGGCUAGUUAAUUGCGACCCGAGGUUUCAUUGUAAACCGUUCGGUGUUGGGGCAGGGUUCUUCCUUUUUCUCCAUAAAAAUAGCAAAAUGAGUUAAUUGGAAAAUUCCCAGAACAGUACAUUUUAUAUAAUCCAUGUCUUUGCUGAAGUCCCAUUCAACACCCCAAUUUUCUCCGGUUAUCUUAACCAAACUAAUCGAGGAACAGGGUGAGCCUCUAAAACGAAGUUUCAGUGAGGCGAACUCAGACCCACCUGAUUGGAUGGUUCUAGACGACAAUGAAACUGCUAAGGAAGAAGACCCUUCUUCAUCUUCAAAACCUAAGGACUUUAACCCCAGAGGGUAUCAAUUGCAGGUAUAUGAGGUGGCAAAGGGAAGAAACAUAAUAGCAGUGUUGGAUACAGGUGUAGGGAAGACAAUGAUAGCUGUGAUGCUCAUAAAAGAUUUUGUUCAAGCUAUCGAGUCUACUGAAAGUAAAAAAUUGAUUAUUUUCUUGGCUCCCACUGUUCAUCUAGUCAAUCAGCAAUUUGAAUAUGUAAAAGAUCAUACUAGUUUGGAAGUUGAACAGUAUUAUGGAGCUAAGGGGGUUGAUGAAUGGACCUUGGAUUGUUGGGAGAAAGAAACAAAGGAGCAUGAUGUUCUGGUUAUGACACCCCAAAUUCUAUUGGAUGCCUUAAGGAAGGCAUUCUUGAGUCUGGAGAUGGUGUCCUUAAUGAUAAUAGACGAGUGCCACCGUGCUACUGGCAACCAUCCAUAUGCCAAAAUAAUGAAGGAAUUUUAUCACAAAUCUAAUAACAAGCCAAAGAUUUUUGGAAUGACAGCAUCACCUGUGGUUAGCAAAGGUGUGUUGUCCAGCAAUAAUUGCGAUGGUCAAAUGUCAGAACUUGAAUGUGUUUUGGAUUCCUUGAUAUACACUAUUGAAGACAGGACAGAGAUGGAAGCGUGUGUUCCUUCUGCUAAAGAAAGUUGUAGAUUUUUUGAUCCAGCACAAUUUUCUAGCUUGGAUUUGAAAGCAAAGGUAGAAGCCUCUUGGUUAAAGACAGAUGCGUCAUUGUCAAAUUUGCAAAGCUCACUGCAAACUUCUUAUAAAGGCAUGGAUGAUAAACUUAAGAAUCUACGGAAGCGAUUAUCAAAUGACCAUGCUAAGGUUCUGCAUUGCCUUGAUAAUCUUGGUCUCAUAUGUGCUUAUGAGGCUGUUAACAUUUGUCUAGAGAACAUCCUUGACACCACAGAGGAAUCUAAAGCAUAUAGAGAAAGUGUGUUGCAGUAUAAAAAUUUCCUUGAGGAAGUCCAAUGUAGAAUUGGGGAGUCUCUUCCCCUCGGUGAUAAAAAUUUUCUGAAUACUGGAUUUGACUAUUUGAAGGCAGUAGAUCUUGGCUAUAUUUCUCCAAAACUGCAUGAACUACUUCAACUGUUCCAAUCAUUUGGAGAAACUAGACAAGUAUUGUGCCUGAUUUUUGUUGAAAGAAUUAUUACUGCUAAAGUAAUUGAAAGAUUUGCGAAGAAAGUAAGCUGUUUAUCACAUUUCAUGGUUUCAUAUAUGACUGGAAGUAAUACAUCUGUUGAUUCCCUGGCACCAAAAAUGCAAAAGGAAACCUUGGAGUCAUUUCGAUCUGGGAAGGUGAAUCUAUUGUUUACUACUGAUGUGGUUGAGGAGGGAAUUCAUGUACCAAAUUGCUGUUAUGUGAUACGUUUCGACCUGCCAAAGACAGUCCGGAGUUAUGUACAAUCUCGAGGAAGAGCUAGGCAGAACAAUUCUGAAUUCAUUAUGAUGCUUGAGAGGGGAAAUGUGAAACAAAGAAAUCAACUAUAUGAUAUAAUCAGGAGUGAGUAUUCAAUGACAAAUUCGGCAAUUAAAAGAGAUCCCGAUUCUGAUCCAUGCCUUCUUAAAGAUCAUACAUUUGAAGAAACAAAUGUUUUUAUUGUGGAUGCUACUGGAGCUUCAGUUACUGCAGAUUCUGCUGUUAGCCUCAUCCAUAAAUAUUGUGGGAAGCUCCCCGGUGAUAAGUAUUACACACCAAAACCAAAUUUCCAGUUCACGUCUUCUGAAGGAUUAUAUAAGUGUAAAUUAACAUUACCUGUUAAUGCAGCCGUUCAAACAAUAGUUGGUCCACUGUCUAGGAAUUCUCAUUUAGCAAAGCAGCUUGUAUGCUUAGAAGCAUGUAAGCAGCUUCAUCAAAUGGGUGCCUUGGAUGAUCAUCUCACUCCAUCCAUUGAAGAGCCUUCAGAAAAUGCUUGUAUUUCUAAAGGAAAAGAUUCAGGUGCAGGUGCAGGUGCAGGAACUACAAAACGGAAGGAGCUUCAUGGAACAACUUGCAUACAGGCAUUAUGUGGAAGCUGGGGAGAAAAAUCUGAUGAUGCUGUUUUCUUUGCCUAUAAAUUUGACUUCAAAUGCAAUAUCAUUACUGUGGUUUAUUCUGGAUUUGUUCUUCUAAUUGAAUCAAAGCUUGCGGAUGAUGUGGGGAAUACUGAAAUGGAUCUUUUCUUGAUUGGUAAGAUGGUUAAGGCUAGCGUUUCUUCCUGUGGGCAAGUGUAUUUGAAUGCAGAACAGAUGGUGAAAGCGAAGCGCUUUCAGGAAUUUUUCUUUAAUGGCUUGUUUGGGAAGUUAUUUGUUGGAUCUAAAUCAUCUGGAGCACCAAGAGAAUUUCUACUUCGGGAUAAAACAAGCUCCUUGUGGAGUCCAUCCCACAUGUAUUUGCUUUUGCCCCUCGAGGAUAAUUCAACUGAUGAAUUGAGAAUACACUGGCCAGGGAUAACAGCUUGCACAUUAGCUGCGGAAUUUUUAAAUAAAAAUUCUUUGUUGGGCACUGAGCAAUCUGAUGAUGAUGGAAGCAAUCCAUCAUUGAACAGUACUGGUUCACCUGUGACAUACUGCAAAGAAACCAAUAUAAUCCGCUUUGCUAACAGUUCAGUUGAUGCUAAUAGUCUUAGAAAUACGGUAGUAUUGGCUAUUCACACUGGAAGAAUCUACUGCAUCAUUGAAGCUGUGAGUGAUAAAACUGCUGAAAGUUCUUUCGCUGAAACUGUUGAUACGGUCUCAUCAGAGUUUGCUACCUUCUAUGAAUACUUCUACAAAAAGUACAAUAUUGUGCUGAAACAUCCAGGACAGCCUUUGAUGCUGUUAAAGCAGAGCCAUAACCCGCACAACUUGCUUGUGAAUUUUAAUGAUGAAGGUGUAUCAGCUAAGGCAUCACAAGCUGGCGUGGUUAAUGAAAAGCCUCGGUUUCAUGUCCACAUGCCCCCUGAGCUUUUACUUGUCCUUGAUGUCCCAGUGAGUGUUCUAAAAUCAUUGUACUUACUGCCAUCAUUGAUGCAUCGGCUGGAGUCCUUAAUGUUGGCCAACCAACUCAGAGAAGAGAUAAACUUUUGUUCUAGCAACAUUGAUAUUCCAAGCUCAAUGAUCCUGGAAGCAUUAACAACACUUAGAUGCUGUGAAAGUUUUUCAAUGGAAAGGCUGGAAUUGCUUGGGGAUUCAGUUCUGAAGUAUGCUGUUAGCUGCCACCUCUUUCUUAGAUAUCCCAACAAACAUGAGGGACAAUUAUCUGCCAGGCGUUCGUUGGCAGUUUGUAAUUCAACCCUGCAUAAGUUGGGAACUGACCACAAAAUACAGGGAUACAUUAGGGACAGUGCUUUUGAUCCCCGUCGUUGGGUAGCUCCAGGACAACGAGUGCUUCGCCCUGUUCCUUGCAAGUGUGGUGUGGACUCUCUAGAAGUUCCUUUAGAUAAAAAAUUUCAGACAGAAGACCCUAAAGUUAAGGUUGGUAAAUCCUGUGAUAGAGGCCACCGAUGGUUGUGUUCAAAAACCAUAUCAGAUUGUGUUGAAGCUCUCAUAGGAGCAUACUACUUAAGUGGUGGACUUGUUGCUGCCCUUCAUGUGAUGAAGUGGCUCGGGAUUGAUGCCGAACUUGAUCCCUUGGUGGUAGCUGAGGUCAUUAAUCAGGCAUCCUUAAGAACUUAUGUCCCCAAUUACGAAAUCCACAUGAUAGAGUCAAAAGUUGGCUACAAUUUUUCUGUCAAGUUUUUCUUGCAGGAGGCAUUGACACAUGAAUCUUUGCACGAGUCCUACUGUUACCAGAGACUUGAAUUUCUUGGUGAUUCUGUGUUGGACUUGCUGAUCACCCAGUAUCUCUACAACCAUCACACUGAUAUAGAUCCGGGUGAGUUGACUGACCUGCGCUCCGCUUCGGUUAAUAAUGAAAAUUUUGCUCAAGUUGCCGUGCGCCAUGACCUUCAUAAGCAUCUUCAACAUUGUUCAACUUUACUAUCAAACCAAAUAAGUGAAUAUGUGCGGUCCUUCACUGAAUCUGAUAACACCACCAGAUUAGAUCCCAGCAUAAAAGGUCCCAAGGCUCUUGGAGACCUGGUUGAAAGUAUUGUUGGGGCAAUUCUGAUUGAUACAAACCUGAAUCUUGACAAAGUCUGGAGAAUUGUUGAACCGUUGUUGUCUCCAAUUGUAACCCCAGAUAAGCUUGAGCUGCCUCCAUUCCGGGAACUGAAUGAAUUAUGCGACUCUCUUGGAUAUUUUAUUAAGGAAAAAUGUAAAAAUAAGGGGGAAGUAGUGCACGCCGAGCUUCUAUUGCAGCUAGAUCAUGAUUUGUUGGUAGGAGAGGGGUUUGAUAGAAGUAGAAAAGUAGCAAAAGGAAAAGCCGCUUCUUGUCUGUUGAAGGACCUUGAGAACAGAGGAAUCUCCAGGAAGAAAAGGAAACAUGACUGUGUGGAUUCAAGUCAAACCAUGGAAGAUGACUCGUUAGAACCAACAAUCCCUAAGAGGCAAAGGAGCGCCGAAAUUCAGUUGCUUGAUGAAUCAAAGAAAGCAUGCAGUGCUACGCCUGCCACCCCAGUUAUUGUAACAGUAAAAACGAAGAAAGGAGGGCCGAGGACCACUCUUUUUGAGCUUUGCAAGAAACUGCUGUGGCCUAUGCCUAGUAUCAAAGCAACAGAACACAAAUCAAGUGCUCCCAUGGAAAUUGGUGAAGGUCCCGAGAGGAAAAAAGGGUUUAUCAGCUUUGUGUCGAAAAUCAUCUUGAAUGUCCCAGGAUACGACAUUAUUGAAUGCACUGGAGAUGCAAAAGCUGACAAAAAAAGUUCUUCAGACUCAGCAGCACUGUUUAUGCUUUAUGAGCUUGAACAGCGUGGGAAGCUCAUCAUCGAGGAAACCUUAUAAGUCUACUAGCAGUUGACCAUCAAUGGUGUUCAUUAAAGGUGAUCUGCAAUAUCCUCACUGUCCAGUUAUUAACUUUUGACUCUUGGUUUAAAAUUGUAAGCGAUGACUGUGAGGGCUCGUAACAAAAUAUCAACGAUAUAUCAUGUAUGUAUAUAUUGUCCAUAAUCUACCAACAAGCCAUGUUAAUAAAUCUGCAGUUAUUUCUGAA